AGCGACUUCUUCUAUUAAUCCGACAAAUCUAUUAAUCCGUCAAACCAAUCGGCCAUGGACUGUACAAUGAGUUGUACAGUCCAUGAUCUCCUCCCCGUCAAACCAAUCGUCGGUGUGGCCUCUCCGUCAAAUCUAUUAAUCCGAACCCGUCAUCGUCGCCGGAAAAAUAGACAUAUAUGGAACAAGGAGAAAUUAAUGCCAGUGGAGUUGAAUGUAAUAAUGAGAACAAUAUGGAUGAAGAUCCUUCAAGUCCAGAAGAGGUCAUGGUUAAAAUGUAUGGGUGGGCGUACCCCAAAGGCUAUCAUUACAGACCAGUGUGCAGCUAUGCGAAUUGCAAUUCAAGAGCUUGGUGAAGUGACGGAGACAAUGUCAUUCCGAGAGUUACUAUCCAAUGCCAUGUUAUUCCAAGAUUCACCUUCACAACUUCAGUAAUCAAGUUCUAUUAGUUGUAAAUGUAUUAGAAUCCCUAAUUAUACUUAUGUUUGUG